AUGUCCCGCUCCAAAUCCCCCAUCCCGCCAUCUCCUCUUGGACCUGGCUUCAGAUCCCUGUCACCAGCUAGAUCCCAAUCACCUAACGGGAGACCGAAGACAGAAUCUCAAGUGGCCAAUUUUGAUCGAUCUAACACUCCCCUGAUUCGCCCUAGACCUACCCAUCUCGCGCCUGCCAUUUCACUCCGACCUCCCUCAGAACACCGGGUCUCCACCGCGAGCUCCGUCCGAGACUCUUCCUCCUCCGGUUUCGACUUUAUGGAAGCCAUGUUGGCCCCUUAUGAGCGAGAAGACAACAAAGGGGAAGAUGGGGACGUGGAAUUUAUCCGAGGACCGAACCAUGUGACCUUUACACCACACGAUGGCUCGGAUGGACCUAGGGCAGGCGCUAGACGUGACAGGGCGCCUGACAAGGUCUCUUUUCUGGAAUCUCACGAUCGCGUCCGGUCGCUCUCUGGUCAAGUAGAUGACGAUUCAUCUACUGAACGAAGAUCCAUCGUCCACUUUCCAUCCCCGAACACUGGCUACCCACCUAUGUCUCAAAUCCGCUCAGACACGUCUCGCCAGCCAUCUCCUCAACAGUCGACCAACCACUCGCUCCGACCUUCUCCACGUAUCGUCGUUCCCAUGUCGCCUAGGACCCCGCCAGCAGCUCACCAGGUGUCAAGACAGGUGUACGCCAUUCCCCAGCUGCCUCCCACCGGCACGCCCGUGUCCCCUCAUCUGGCCGCGCCUCCGGCCUCACCGGCACCGUCCCUUUCGCCGCCCAAAUCUCCAUUCGCCGAGCCAUCUCUGGCAAGUCAUCGCAGUUCGACGUCGUCAGAGUCCAUCGCGGGGUACGAUCUGCUCAAGGAGAAAAAGGCCUUGUUCAGAGGUGGAGAGGACGAAGUGUUCUCGCCCAUCUCCCCGAGAAAAGGACGUCAAGAGAGCGGGUUGCGACCUGGAGCGAGGGCACGGAACGGCGUGCCCAGUACGAUGGACUUUUGGAAACGUUUCAGUGUCAGUGUCAACAAGUUGGAUGCAAUGCAGAUGGAAAAGGGCCAAUCCGGGGACAGUGAAUGGUUGAGCGAUGCCCAAAAACGACGAAAUAGGUCCAAAUGCCUCAUCAUCGCGGCACUGAUUCUGCUCCUCAUCAUCAUUGUCGCCGUUACUGUCGGCGUCGUCGUGGCUAAGCAGAACGAACCGGAGCCGUCAACCCUCAAGCCGGUGUGUAUCAGAUCGCCAGGAGGAUCGGGAGGAGGAGCAGCAGCGGGUGCCACUGGGGCGGGAUGCUAG